CAAGUCAACCAUCUUCGCAAGAAGAACUCAGCCACCAGAGCAAACUUAAAAAACCGUUUUCGUGUGUGCCAAAUCCCAAACAAGUGACAACACAAAAUGAAGUGCUUUACAUCGAUCGCAUUGCUCGUCUGCCUGGCUGCCUGGACCCAUGCGGAACCGCCAGUACCCCAGAACCAGUACCUGCCCCCCAACCAGUCGCCCCAGGCGCCGUCUAACAACUAUCUGCCGCCCACUCAGGGCUUCCAGUCGCCCUCGAACAACUACCUGCCGCCCCAGCGCACCGGAGGCAAUGGCGGAGCGCCCAGCAACAGCUACGGAGCUCCCAUUGCUCCUCCCCAGAGCCAGUACGGUGCCCCGGCGCUGACAGGUGCCAUCUUCAAGGGACAGCAGGGCGGCAACGGCGGCUAUGGCGGCGGCAAUGGCAACGGCUACGGACAGCAGCGCGAUGAGGAGCAGUACGGACCGGCCAAGUACGAAUUCAAAUACGACGUCCAGGAUUACGAAUCGGGCAACGACUUCGGACACAUGGAGUCCCGCGACGGUGACCUGGCUGUUGGCCGCUACUACGUUCUGCUGCCCGAUGGCCGCAAACAGAUCGUUGAGUACGAGGCUGACCAGAACGGAUACCGCCCAACCAUCCGCUACGAGCAGGUGGGCAACGGAAACGGAAACGGCAACGGACGCAAUGGCGGCGGCUAUGACAGCAACGCGCAGCAGGGCAAGUUCAACGGCUACUAGAGGAGCGACGGUAAAGUGGAUGCCGAUUUAGGUCGAACCCGUAACUAUAUGCUCGUCUUUGUGGGAUCGCUGGCCGAGUAUUAAAACCAGAGAGCCAGCGACCGCAGUCAAUCCCUCCUGUCACUGUCUCUAUCCCUCUUUAUCGUUAUGUUUCUGUCAUUUAGUGGGACAGCCGCCAUUUUGCCAUAGACAGGCGCGUUCCUUUCCGUUUCCGUUUCUGUUUCAGUUGUGUCCUGAACCUUCCAUCUCUAUGCCUGGAACUAUUGCCGUUUUGUUUUGUUUAAGCGCCUUCAUUUUGUGUUAGUCCACGCACACACACAAACACACAACUCACUCACACACACGUGACCAUUACGCAUUCAUACAUACAUGCAUAAGGAUUGUAUUUAGUUUUUAAAUGAAAACGGAAAUUCGAAAGUGAAACGAACAUAUGAGAUUUUUGUGUAUAUUUAAUAAUUAUUAAAUGAAUAAAGAAGCAUUUUUGUAUAAAA